CAUUAUUGAAGGCUUACAUGUUUUCGAUGAUUUUCGUUACUAUUUACUGCUGUACAUCUGUGAAAAGUCAGGCAACUGAAACGAAGAGGAUUUUACUGAAAUAUUUAAUUAACACAACUAGGAAAGGCCAAAAUCUUAAAAUUUGGAACUUGAUUCAUCAUGUUGAGCUUACUGGAUUGAAUUUGUCUUGUGGAAUGUUCGAAUUUGACUGGAAAAUAUUGUUUACGUAUUUCUGUCAAGUAUUUACAUAUGCAACGAUUCUGAUACAAUUUGAUGCAUCUAUGAUCGAGAGGAAUUGAACAAUAAGCGCAAGCUGAUGAUCAACUGAAGCGAAUGACAUCAAGACAUUUUUUGAUCUAUAAUGCCUCACCUCAAAUCCUCAACUGUCGUCCAAAAAACUAUUUAACCAAUAUUUAUGCAUAGAAUUCGAAAGCCUAAACUGAGCAGCUUAUUACCAAACUUAUUUAUCA